AUGUUAUCAAAUAUUAAUUUAAAUUUUAUAACCGCAAUUUAUAUUUUAUCAUAUAUAUCAUUUAUAAAUGGUGAAUCUGUAUCAUCAAAACCUUUAAAACCAUAUUAUAAAUUAGUUGAAAAAUUUAAAAGAGCAGAUAAUAAUGAAAAUAACGGAGGAAUUGGAAAUUUUUUUCAAAAUUUAUUUGGUAGUAAUUCAACUUCAUCUAAUCCACCAAUUGAAGAAUCAUCAUCAUCAUCAACUUCAUUAACAUCUACUUUGAAUUUUUUUAGUAAUACCAAUAUACCUGUACCUACUUCAACUUCAAUUACUUCACAACCUACAGCUGAUAGUAGUAAUAAUAAUGACAGAAAUUCAAAUUCAAAUUCAAAUGGUAGAAGAAUUCCAGAUGAUAAUAGAAAUGAUAGAUCAUCUACUUCUUCAUCAAUUCCUGAUACUCCAAUUAUAACUACUCCAUCUUCUACGAAUGAUGGUAGAUUUAAUAAUAAUAAUAAUCCAGGAUCAAGUUCAACUUCACCAGACGCAACCACAACUACAACUGGUGAUUCAUCAAGAGUAGGAAAUAAUAAUUCACCUCAAGUUGAAUCUUCCACUCCUUCUUCAUCAAAUGAUAAUUCUAAUUCAAGAACUCAACAACCACAACAACAACCACAACAAUCAUCAUCUUCACCUACUAUUGAAGAAAGUAAAACUACCAAUACAACUCCAGCAUCUUCACAACAACAACAACAAGAACCCACAACUUCAUCACAAACACAACAAUCUACUUCACCAACAACAACAUCACAAACACCACAAGCACAACAAACUACUUCAUCUUCAGUAGAAGUACCAAAUACUACUACUAGUAUUACUCCCCAAGAUCAACCAACAACAUCUUCAACAGCAUCAGAAUCAAGUAGUGCAAACGGCUUUAGACCUUUAGCUGUAACUAAUGGUGUAGAUUCUUCUUCAAGUCCUUCUGAAACUACUACGACAGCAAAUACUCCACAAGUUUCAUCAGCUAAUCCAACUGCAAAUCCCAUUGAUUCAACUACAACUGCUGCUCCAACUUCUACAUUAUCAACUUCAUCAACUACUCCAACAACAACUUCUACUUCACCAACCACCACUCCAAUAACAUCUUCAUCAGUUAUUAAUGAUUCAACUGAUUCAACAACAAGUUCAACAACAUCAAAUGAAGACACUGCUACUCCACCAACUUCGUCUUCAACUAAUUCACCAGUUGUUGCAAGUGCAUUAACUCAAUCAACUUCAGAAGAAUCAGAAAGUACAACAUCAUUAGUUGAACCAACUGAAUCAUCUUUAGAGAAUUCAUCAACAACAUCUUCACCAUCUAAUACAAUCAGCACUACUACUACUUCUGGUUCACCACCAUCAUCAAGUUUCACUAGUGCUACUACUCCAAUUGAUACUUCUGCUUCUACUGGAGUAGUAUUUGAAUCAACUCAAAGUUCAAUUACUGAUUCUUCAACAGGUGCAUCGAACACUGAUACAAGUCCAAUUGCUCAAAGCUCAUUAUCAAAUGUUGAUGCAGCUUCAACUAUUUCAACAGAUUCAAUAUCAUCAGCAAUUAUUACUGAUUCAACUUCAUCAAAUACCCCAUUAAGUAGUAAUGAUCAAACUGUUGUAAGUUCAUCACCAACAUCUUUAGUAAGUGCAUCUGAUGCAUCAAUAGCUGCUACUCCAUCAGCUUCAUCAACUGUUUUAUCAUCAUUAAGUUCAAAUACUGAUACAUUAUCAACUCCUAUUGUUCUCACUACUACAUCUGGUUCAAGUUUUGCAUCAACUCCAAUAUCAACUAGUUCUAAUUCUUUAAGUGAUUCAGGAGAAGAAAGUUCAACAUCAUUAUAUGAUCCAUCAACAACUUCACUUUCAUCAUCUACUACUCCAAUAAGUGAAUCAUCAUCAUCUUCAAUUAUUGUUGAAUCUGGUACAUCUUCUGUUGAUUCAAGUUCAAUUUCACAAGGAUCUGAUAUUGGUACAAGUUCAAGUGUUGUUGGUUCUCAAACAAUUUCAUCUAUUGCAGUUUCAUCAUCAAUUGAGACAGGUUCUUUAUCUUCAUCACAAUUAUCUACUGAAACUCCAAUUGAAUCUUCAAUUGAAUCUACUACUUCAACUUCUAUUCCUGGUGUUAUUGUUUCUUCAACUCCUGGAGUAGUUGAAUCUUUUACUCCUGGUGUUCCUGAAUCAACUACUUCAACUUUACCAACAAUUACUGAAUCAUCAUCAUCAUUAUCAUCAUUAUCGGCUGAAAGUUCUUCUUCAAUUUUAUCAGAGUUACCAGUUGAAGAAUCUGGAAUUUCAGAAUUAACAUCAGCUACAACUACUAGUUUAGAAACUCCACUAGCUUCAUCUUUAGUUGAUACGUCAUCAUCAGAUUUAGGUUUGACUAGUGGUUUAAGUACAAGUGAAACUGAAGGUAUCAUUGAUACUUCUUCCAUAAUAGCAUCAUCAUCAUCAUCAACUAGUGAAAUAUUUGGUUCUGAAUCAACUACUCAAGUUAUUGCAUCCGAACCUACUGAGACAGAAGGUUCUGCUACUUCAGUCAUUGCUGUUUCUUCAUCGAGUGAUACAAUUGUUAUUGGUGAAACAAGUCAAACUUCUGAAGUUCCUGCUUCAACUACUGCUAUUGCAAGUGAAGGAUCAUUAAUUAGUGAAUCUACCACUUCAAGUAUUGAAACUGAUUCCGAAGGUAAUACUAUUGCAGAAUCUCAAACUAAUGAAUCAGCAUCAACUCAAACUACUGCUGCUAGUGAAGGAUCAUCAGUUUCUGAAGUUGCUUCUUCGGCAGUUACUACAUCAACUGAUUCAGAGGGUAAUAUUGUUGGUACAUCUCAAGUCACUGAUUCUACAUCACAAGUUUCAACAGGUGAAUCACCAGCUACUAAUAUUGUUGAUUCAUCAUCUAGUAUUACUCAAGGUCCAGUCAUCACAUCAAUCCCACCAACAUCAACACCAAUUGCAAGUACUACACCAGCACCAAUUAUCAUCGAUUCAUCAUCUACAGAUCAACAAGAACAACAACCACCAGCAAGUAGAACUUCAACUACUAAAAAUUGGUUACCAUCUACAUUAAUUAUUGCUGAAACACCAACUGAAGAUCCUGAACAAACACAAGAAACUGAUAUUGCACAAGCUACUUCAACACCAUCAUCAACUCAAGGUUUACCAAGAGCUAUAACACCAGCAGAUACUAGUGAUCCAGGUGAUGAAUAUUCUAUUAUUACAAUUGGUUUCAAAUCUGCAUUAAAUUAUCCUUUCGUUGUUAAUCAUACUAUUUCAUCAGCACAAAUUUUCCAAUUUUUACCAUUAGUUGUAUCAUAUCCAUUUGGAAAUUCAAAAGAAUUAAAUGAAAUUACAGUUAAACAAUUAAUACCAUAUCAAGCAUCAAAUAUAGAUUAUACAAUAACAGUAGCAGAAAUUUAUUUCCCAAGUAAUUCAAUUGGAGCAUUAAGUCAAUUAAUAACAACAUCAGGUUCACAAAUUUAUAGAAAUCCUGAUAAAACUUUAAAUACAUUAGCUUCAUUAAUUGAUAGUAGAAUUCCAUUAACUGGAUUAACUGAUUCAAAUCGUCAAGUUAGUGGUGGUAGUGGAUCAUCAUCCGAUCAAACAAAUUCUGCAAAUCCUUAUGGAUCAAUGGAUGCAAAUUAUUCAACAAAUCCAACUAUAACAAAUAAAGGUAGAAUAGCAGGAAUAACUAUAGGAGCAUCAGCAGGUUGUAUGAUUUAUAUGUCAUUAAUGAUUUUAUUAUUUAGAAAAUUUAAAUCAAAAAAUUCAAUUAAUUUACCAUUAAGUGAUUCAGAAAGUAUGAUUACAAGUUCAGAAGAAAAUAGUAGUAUUAAUUCAAGUCAAAUUUCAAAUAAUUUAAGUAGUAGUGAUGGUUUUUCAGAUAUUUUUGAUAGAAUUAAUAAUAAUGAUCAAUUUAAUUAUCAAGAUCAGAAUAAUAAUCAUACUCAAUAUGUUAAUAUGAAUCAAAAUCAACCAGAGAAUAGAGCAUUUUAUUGGCCAUAA